UUCCAUCAUUAAUCCCCAGAAUUCACAUCAACUUUUCAGGAGAUAUAACUGACUGGGAAACAUGGGGGAGAUUGAUACAAAACCAAUUGAACCAGUCCAGGCUGCAUUGUGCCUGUUUGAAGAGAAGAACGAUCACCGGAAAACCCGGCUUUCCGGCACAGAUAAGGAUAGUGAGAAAGAGAGAGAGCUUGAAGGUGUGUUGAAGGAUUUGGCCAAUUACAAGGUGCAGCUGGAAGCAAAAGAUGCUUCCUACAUGCAAGCCCUUCUCAAGCUGCAACACCACGAGUACACAGCGGAGGAACUCUCUGCCCUCCUUGAAAACAUCGAGUUUGAGAGAGAUAAGUGCGUCGAGGAAUGUAAAGAGGCUCGGGCGCAGAUAUACCAACUCGAAUCCAAGGUAAAGGAAAUGGGGGAUCAGCUGUCUGAGACUCAGAAGGUGAGAGAGCAACUCAUGCAUGUUUUUAGUGAGUUGAAGGCUACACAAUCAGAGCUGCUUGGCAUGGAAACAAAACUAGCGGACGCUAGAGAUUCGGAGCUAAAAGCUCUAACGCAAGCGGAGCUAAUGGAAACAGCUUUCGUGAUGGAAAAGGAGAGGGUGGAAGAGCUUCUUAAACAUGUCUCCGAGCUAAGUGAAGCCGUGGUUAAGUCAAAGGUUGCUGCUAGUGAAACAGAUAAAGAGAAGUUGGCGAUAUUAUCUGCGAAGGAUACUGAGAUUGAGUUAGCUACACAGGCUGCUCUUCAAGAGCAGGAGCAGCUCGAAUAUUCUAAGAAACAAACGGUGAAGAUGGAGGAGUUGGAGGAUCAGCUCCUCGCCAAGUCUUCGUUCAUUGAGAUGCUUCAGCUGGAGAUUAAACAGGUGAAUGAAAACCUUAGUUUCUCUAAGAUGGCGUCUUCUGAUGCGAUGAAUGACUUGAAGCAGCUGGAAAAAGAGUUAGAAGAGAAGGAAAGAAAGAUCUCGGAUCAGGAAGGUUUCAUCGAGGGGCUAGAAAUGGAACUGAAUCAGUUAAAAUUGGAGCUUAGUGAUGCAAAUCAAGUGGCCAACAGCCUGAAGCACGACAUUGAAGUUCUUACUGAGGAUUUACAGAAAGCAAAAAUGCAGCUUGAUGAGAUGGCGGAAAGGGAAAACAAUGCGCAGGUUGAGAUAGCAAUGCUGGAAUCUGAGCUUCAUAGAGGGAGGUCAAAAAUUGCAGCAGCAGAGGCAGCUGAAGAAAGAACCGAAAAUGUUAAAUCGGGGCUGUACCUUGCGAUUCAUCAACUAGUAAUAGAAGCCGAGACUGCCAAGAUGGAAAACAGAAUGUUAAAGCAAGGAGCAGAUAGCGCAGACAAAGAAACUGACGAACAAUCUCCCCUUUUUGAUUCUAAUGAAGAUGCUGAGGUUUCCAAAACUGGUGAACUUAAGGACGAAGCUGAAGAGCGAAAGGAAGAGAACGAUUCCUAUGUAACAAUUUCAUUGAAGGAAUACAAGUACUUGGUUAAGAAGGCUGACCAGGCUGAUCAAAUUCCUUUGUCGUUGGUGGAAGCCUUUAGUCGUCAGUUGAGCUUCAGCACCGCAGGAGAUAAGUCUGAGUUGGAACAUUUGAAGAAGGAGUUGGAAGCUGCAAUGGAAAAAGUUGCGCAAUUCAGGAACCGGGCUGAGCAGGCUACUACUAGGGCCGAUCUUGCCGAGAGAGCGAAAGAAAGACUAGAGGACCGGAUAAGGAUUUGGCGAAAGGUGAAGCAAAAGAGAAGAGCUGCUCUUGCUGCGCUUAGGGAGGUGUCUCUUCCUAAACAAUUUAGCCCUCCCGCAUAUGAAUCUCCAGAUGAAAUUAAGCCUCCUGCAUAUGAAUCUCCAGAUGAAAUUAAGCCUCCUGCAUAUGAAUCUCCAGAUGAACUUAUGCAUAAUGCAUCACAAGAAACACAAAAACCAUAUCCGCAAUUGUGUGACGUACUUAAAAUGAAAUUCUAGCCUUCUUUUUUUUUAAGAUUAGACAAGCUAAAUAAUUGUUCAUGUGAGAAGCACAUACUGC